CUAACUAAUACGAAUAUUAAUCUUCUGACAACCACCGCAAAUAUUUCGCUUCCAUUUCUCCGAUCUUUCCGUCUCUCCGUUCAACCAGCAAGCAACCAUGGUGACCAGCAUUCAGAUAACAGCGCUCGACGGCAUCGUCAACGUCAACUCCCUCUUCACCUUCGCCGUCUUCGUCGGCCUCGCCUGGAACCCGACCAGCCCUUCCGACACCCUAAUCACCGACCCAGCCUGCACCGCCGGCCGCGGCGUCGGCGAGGCUCUCAUCUCCUUCCACGUCUACUCCUUCAGCUGCUUCCUCUUCUCCAGCUUGGUCGCGCUCGCUCUCAAGCAGGCAAUCCGGAUUUCCCGGACACCCGGCUACUCCAUCACCCAGAACAACCCUUUCCAUCUCCCCGCCGAGUUCCUGGGCCAGGUCAACAAGAACCUCCUCCGGAUCGGAAUGCUCAUCUCCGGCAUCGGAUCUGCUUUCGGGUGCGUGUUUCUGAUGCUGGCUCUGGUCAACGUGGUUCAACUCAAGCUCGGGACGUUGAGCUGCGGCAGCUCCCACACUUACGCCGCAGUCGUCCCUCUGGUGAUUUUUGUUCCCGUUGCUAUCUUGAUCUACUCUUCCCUGGUUCUCUACGCUUUUACUCGCUAGUAGUGUGCCGCUUUUGUUGUUAGAUUUCUUCCUUUUGGUUUAGAUCCAGAGGCGUGAUCUAUUCUCUCUGGUUUUACCUUUUAGUUUCACUGGGGAAAUAGAUCGAACAUGUUAUGUGCAUUGCGCAGAAGCGUGAAAGGAUUUGAAUUUGGAUAUGGGUUUGAUGAUAUGUGGGUCUGGCUGGGGCGAUUGAUAAAUGCUGUCAUUUUGUGAUUAGAAGCUGUUUCGGAUUGCAGUGAUCGCCAUUGCUAGUUUAAUAAGAAUUUGCAGAAAGCCACGCAUGCUGUUCUAGAAUCCAUGGUGGAAAGCAGUAGGUAGCUCAAUUAAGCAAAAAAAAGUUUUUUUUUCACCCCCAUUCAUAGUGCUAUCUCCACUAUGAUGCUUAUGGAGUUCAACGUGUAAGCAUCUUAGCAAUUUUCAUUCCCAUCGAGUCCUCUAUAAAAUAAAACCCCUCAACGAUUACAAGCUCUAACCGUGUAGCAAACAAGCAGCAGUGUACUUGAGAGUGAAGAGAAAAGGAAAUUAGAAAGAGAGGAGAAGAAAAAAGGAGAGAAAAUAACAAUGGCUGCUGUCUCAAUGAAGUCUUGCAUUUGCCUUGUUGUGUUUGCUGUGUUUCUGGGAAUCUCUGGGUUUGCUGCUGUGGAUGGAGCAGGGGAGUGUGGGAAAUCCACCACCCCUGACAGGGAAGCUUUCAAGCUGGUUCCUUGUGCAUCGGCUGCACAGGAUCAGAAUGCUGCGGUUUCAAGCCAGUGCUGUGCUCAGGUGAAAAAGCUGGGCCAGAACCCAGCUUGCCUCUGCGCUGUGAUGCUCUCCAACACUGCUAAGAGCUCUGGCGUGAAGCCGGAGGUUGCCAUGUCCAUCCCCCAAGCGCUGCAACCUCGCUGACCGCCCUGUGGGUUACAAGUGCGGAGCUUAUACAUUGCCUUGAAGUUAUGGUGCUGGAAGUGUUGACUCUAUGGUGACCUUUGUGACUUUGUGUAACGUUUUAAUGUACCUAGUGGUGCUAAUGUACUGGAGUGUUACAGAUUUGUUGCUUGCUGGUUGAUCUAGCUCAAGCAUAUAUGUACUACUACUGUGACAUCCAGACCUAUCCCAAAUAAUGAAUUAUGACUGGAUCAUAAGAAGUAAAAAUGUCUGCUUUGGGGCUGGCUUGUGCAGUUGUUGUCAUGUUUUUGGUUGAUUUUAACUCUCUGCUAGUGGCUGUUGAGGGCUUCUGCAAGUCUGCAACCUAACUAACAGGAAAGGACAUAUCUGGCCUCUGUUGCUGGCUUUCUGGUUUGGGUAAGGCCACUAGAAA